AUGGAACUAUUAUUAUUAUUAUUAUUAUUAUUAUUAUUAUUAUUAUUAUUAUUAUUAUUAUUAUUAUUAUUAUUAUUAUUAUUAUUAUUAUUAUUAUUAUUAUUACUAUUAUUAUUACUACUUUUAUUGUUAUUAUUCCUAUUGUUAUUAUUACUAUUAAUAUUAUUAUUGUUAUUAUCAUUACUAUUAUUAUUAUCAUUAUUAUUAGUAUUAUUAUUAUUGUUAUUAUUAUUAUUAUCUUCUUCUUUUUCUUUUGCACCUGAAUAUGUUGCACUUCAGUAG